CCAGCCCACUCCAGCCCACCUCUCAGGGCGGGACGUGGGGCGGCGGCGGGCCAUAAAAAGCUUCUGGGGAGAAAGAGACGGGAGCGCCGUGUCGCUGGAGCCGCGGGGGUGAGGGGCGGGACGGGCAGCGGCAGCAUGGCUCAGUCCGUGUGGGGCUACGACAGCGAGAACGGACCUGAGCACUGGCAUGAGAACUACCCCAUGGCCAAAGGACAGAAGCAGUCGCCCAUCGAGAUCAACAGCAAAGAUGUGCGGCACGACUCUUCUCUUGCUUCUUGGUAUGCCAGUUACGAUCCCGGGGCGGCUAAAACCAUCCUGAACAACGGGCGGACCUGCAGGGUUGUCUUUGAUGACAGUUUUGAUAGAUCAGUGCUGAGAGGUGGGCCGCUCACAGGAGCCUACAGGCUGCGACAGCUGCACUUGCACUGGGGUUCUGCUGAUGACCACGGCUCUGAGCAUGUUAUAGAUGGGGUGAAAUAUGCAGCAGAGUUACAUCUGGUACACUGGAAUCCAAAACACGGUAAUUUUGCUGGAGCUUUGAAACAACCUGAUGGUGUGGCUGUUGUGGGUGUUUUUCUGAAAGUUGGAAAAACUCCUAAACCAGAAAUGAAGAGAAUUCUUGAAGAAAUUGACAAGAUAAAGACCAAGGGGAAAGAGGCUCCUUUUCAGCACUUUGAUCCAUCAAUUCUUUUCCCUAAAUCUCGGGAUUACUGGACCUACCAUGGCUCAUUUACGACACCCCCCUGUGAAGAGUGCAUCACCUGGAUUCUUUUGAGGGAGCCCAUUGAAGUCAGCCCAGACCAGAUGGCGAGGCUCCGUAGCCUUUCCAAGAAUGGUGAGAACGAGCCCAUGUGUCCACUGGUUGAUAACUGGCGCCCACUUCAGCCUGUGAAUGGCAGGAUUGUGAGAGCCUCGUUCAAGUAAAGCCCUGUGGAACCCGAGUGAGAAAAUCCCUGCAUCUUAAAGCAUAGUUAGUUUUUGUCCUCUACUGGAUAAAGAUCUGUGUUUCUCAGCUUAAAAUUCUGAGUAGUAAAACUGAAUCUGUCUCUUAAAUCAGAAAAAAUACUCAAUGCAAAUGCAAUUACUAAUUUUGUGGAGGAAAUGUGAGAUACAUGUGUUCCUUGACCACAAGUGAUUUAGCAUUUGUGAUAGUGUCACUUCUCUGCCAUGUGGUCUUGGAAAAAAUGGGCUCGGUAUCAAUAUUUGAAAUGGAUUUCAAAGGAAAUGUCACGGAGGCAAAAAAGUGAACCAGCACUUCAGGAAAGCAGAAGUAGCGGCUGGAUCAAACAGUACACGAACAGGUUUUAAAAUGCCCACUCCCUACAACAUCCAUUGUAGAGAUCUUCCUCAGAUAUCCCAUCUCCAGUGUGAACAUCCAAAGAAUAAAUUCCUGUUUAACAUACCACAUUUUUAUCUUCCCUCUCUUGUUCACUGUUUGUUACCCAGGAAUAGCAUUCUCGGAAUGCAAGUAGGCAUAUUCAGCUUUUGCAAGAAGAAAAAAGAUACCUUGCUGUUAUUAUAGCAUUUGCUGUCUUUGCCAAGUUCUGCUGCUGCCUAUUGAUCUUUCCUUGUUUCACUGCUACUGUUAAUUCACCCAUCCAGCCACAGCACUGCUGUUGUCGUGCUGCUAGGAUAGCAAUUUUAGGUUUGCUAAGAGGGAAGAGCCUUACUGCUGCUGCUCUGCUAGUAUGUGUCCAGACGAUGCAUUUUUGCCUUUGAUGCUCUGCUUUUUGGGUUUUUUUUUUUGGCAUCUUAGUUUACAUAUUAAUGAUUUCACCCUUUAGGGUCUUUAUUGCAUAUGGAGAGAGUCUUUGCUGAUGACUCGUGUCAUUUGUCUUCCCUACAACUGAAAAAUCACUUAAGUGUUUGUUUACUGUACCUUUGCAUGGUUGGAGACGAUGUGGAAUUUGUUUAGAUUGCUCACUUUCUAGGGAGACAGUUCAGAUGGCACGUAUGAAGCUCCUGGAUUCUCUGUCUUCCUCCAACUCAUCAAUAGGCAGCAGAGAGAGUUUUUCUGGAGAUAUUGCAACAAACAUGUUCACAGCAAUUUACAUAAGUAAUAUGUCUGUGUUUGAAAUAAAGCAGGGACACAAGUGCUAAAAUGAGAAUUUCCCAGUUAUCCUUCAUGACUUCACUUUUCUCCUUUGCUAGAAAAAAAGGUUCUCCAACAGCAAAGCAACAAGUAGGCAACAUUGGCCAAAUUCGGUUAUUACCAGCACAAUUCAAUGAGAAUUCAGGAAUGAAACUGAAUGUGGAGUUUGAUCCUUUGUAUUUAGAAAUUUUGAAUUGCUGAAUUCCCAUUGAGAAUUAAUAUUUCAGUUUAUUAGAAGAUUAUUAGAAGAUAAAUAACAUUUAUUAGAAUCUUAUUUGCUUAGUAUAAAGCAAUUUUAUUUUAAAAACCAAGCAAGCAGAACUAACAUAUUGAUUGAAUCCUGUUUACAAAUGUUCUGGCAUUUGUCAGGUCAGUUUUUGAUUUUAGAUGUGCAACACGUGGAACAGCAUUAAUUCUAAGAAACUCUUAGGUCUUUGAACUGUACAUCUCAACACAAAAAAUGUUUCUACAGAAAGCUCAUAAGCAACUUUCUGUUUUCUACUGCACUGUCUUACAUGUAAUUUUUUUUUUUUUCACAUAUCCAUAUGCAGUUGAUCUUAGUGUUCAGAAAAUUUCUACACAAAUAACUGAGACAAGAAUUUGAGCCUUUCUACCUUAAAACCUGUUGACUGUGAUGUUUUGAUUUCUUGUUAUUGGAGCAGUAAAACAGGAUUAGUUGUCUGCACUCCAAAUAACAGCUUUUGUGUCUUCAGAGAACCAAUAAAUUGACUUACAUAAGAAA